UGGAAUUGAUAGGUUGAUUCCAAAUUUGGUUGUGAUUUAUGGUUUUGUCCUUAGUACAGACGAUAUGGUGAUAAAUCGUGACUGCGGCCUUGAUGAUUUGACAAAAUGCCAACCAGUACUAGAAUUUCGAAUUUGGAAGAAGAUUCUGGCGAAGGCUGGGAAAUCUGGUAAAGCUGGUUGAUACAAAUAAAGUGUGUUUCCUUUUCUGUGCUAGUAUGGGAAACUGGAGUUGCUUUUCUCAAGUUUCGCUGAAACAUCUUCAGUUUCGAUGUUUAGCAAAUCUGCAGUAAUGCCGAAGCAAAUGACUCCUUGAUUUGAGCAAGGCAGGUAGUGAUAGUUUACACGAGAACUGCACUUUUUUUCUGCAUCUUCUCACAAAUUGACCUGAUGAGUUUGUCCACGACAAUCAAGGACUUGUUGCUAGUUUCUGUUUGGAUGAAGUUCUUUAUGUCCAAAAUUUGAGUCGGUUCAUGAUUACCAAUAUUUGGACAUGUCAGAUAAAUACAGUGAAUUGGCCAAACAAUCUGAGAUAUUGAUCUGAAAUGAAUGUCAGUCAGUUUUGGAAGUGUGUACCAUGCGAAAUUUAAGCGGAGAAACCCGAUAAGCUAACUUGAAAUUUUCAUUUCAAUUAGCAUGGGCAUAGCUGAUGCAGAUCACACUGGUGAAGCCUGUGUGCUACUGUGCCGCAUCGUCCAGGGCCUGCCAGAGGCCAUUCACGCCGGAUCAGACCAGUCCAUCAACACAAGACCUGAAGUGAAAUCUUCUGGUGCUGUUGACUGCCUGCCCAAUCCAAGCUGGUACGUUGUAUGGACCGAACACAUGAACGUGUGUGUUGUCCCAUUAUGUUUGGUGAGAUUCAUGAAACGCCCAGCGCUUGUCUUAGGACCAAUGAUAACCUGUAGCCCAGUGUUCCUCAACAUCAAUAAGUUGCGCAGGGAGAUCAAGAGAAUCCUGCCGUCUUCCCAGUUACAGGAUUUGGACAGAUACUUCGACAGUGACACGGGAAAUCAAUACAAUUUCUCCAAGUGCGUGAGUGACCUUAUUGGUCUCGAUAUGUUCUGUGGUGCUGUCCUCAAGACCUUGGAGCUCUGAUUCCCCAAGGAGCGCUGAUGGAUGAUUUGGGGAGUUCCUAUCUGAUUACUCUGUUAACCAUCACAAUUGGGCUCAGAUCUUACUCGGGCAAACGUUGAUGCUUUAGGAGAUUCAUAGUCUGUACGGUCCUUUACAAAGUGGAAGGUGCUGUCGCACAAAAAACAGUAGCUACCUACAUCAUACUGCUAUUUGUAUAAAAUGUUCAACAGUUUAAACCCUUCGAGUUCUAGCCUAGGGACCAUUUUUGCAGUCACGAGAUUUGAUUUUGGACUAGUAUGCAUGGAUAUGAACUGAGAAUGCUGAAUGAGAUUCACUAAGUUUG